AUGUGUUUGGCAGAUUGUAAAUGCACUUGCGUAUCAACACGCGCAAAUACACUAGAAGCUGAGCUUAGUACAUUUGCAAUUAUGUUCGCCUCAACAGGUGGUGGAAGUAGUGGCCUUUCGUCAAAGGAUCGGAGUUUCGGGUUUUGGACGCUCGGAAGAAAGAAUAUCUUUAGUUCAAACACUUAUAUCGCAGACAUUCGUCAUGUUAACCGACGUCGUUCAACUUUACAGAAGUCAUUGUCGCAAGAUCAACCAACCGGCUUGGUUUCCCAAAUUCUGCAGGAGAAGCGUGACAUUCUUAUUGAAAAUCUCAAACAAAAGGUGAAAAUUCUGGCCGAAGAAUCAGUCACACGAAACUUCAUCCACGAACAAAGUAGCAACAUCACUGCUUUCUGUGCGGCCGUGGACGACUGUCUACGCUUUGGUUUGAUUCUGAAAAAGCCCGUGCUAUUUAACCGCGAGCCUCCUACCUAUAGUCUCCUAAAAGAAGUGGCGAAAUCUCUUCCCGAGGCAAGGGAUAUUGUAAGGAGAGUUCAAGAGUUUGAGGAAAGUGCGGGCGGUUAUGGCGGAUAUGGACACGUCUUCAACGUAACCUCACCUAGCUCUACUGACUCCGUCAGAUCACAUUACGAGCGUGUUUCAAUCAUCGCGCAUCCGUUUGACAGCCAACUCUUUGCUGACCUGCUCCGUGGACCUAGCACACACGACUACACCCGCAUCCGAACAAGUGAUCAUUUGUGGACGGAUCCAUCAGCAGGAGAGUUGAUGCAACGGAAAAUGAUAUACUCCGCAGGCGUUCAAACCGCUCAACAGCAGCAACAAGGGACUGUGGAUGGGGGAGUGGUGGCGGCAGCGCAAAAGCGGCUGAGUGAAGAAAGAGCGCCUAAGCACUCUCGCUCCCGCCUGCGCCCUCACCCACGCCUUUCGUUAGACUCGGGCAUCGGGGCAGCUCCCUCCGCUGGUCACUUUCAGCCAUUGUCGGCUGAUGCACCCGGCAUCUUCUCCCUUCACUUCGAGCCUGACGUUAUUUCACCCGCUUCGCUGCUCUACCAAGUCUCUUCGUCUCCUCCCAUUGUCCACGACUCCAAAAGAACUUCAACCAGUGAGGUCACUGGUGAUGAGAACUGCACAGAUGAAGGGAUUACCUUCGACAGCUUUGCCACAGAAGAACCGCAUGUUCGCCACUACCACCACCAGCCGCACUCCAUCUUUUCACCCGGGCUUUCGGUGCAGAAACUGAUCCAGGCUAAGGAUUAUGUCGAAUCCCUCCACCAAAAUGAACGAGCACCACUUCUUUAUGGCAAAAACAACAUCCUCGUGCAACCGAGCAUGAGCACCACUCGGAUCUCUGGCUAUCUGUCUAUACACAAGACAGGUCUUGACGAUGACUCUGGGCUGGAGCUGAAGUGGGCGCCCAACAGGGCCAUGUCCGUGCCCCAGGAGAGCGAGGAGCAGCAGCGUCCCCACGGUGGUUCGCGACCCUACGGUAGUGCUGACAAUGCCUCUAGGCUGCUACUACAUGAAUCGAGCUACUGGGAUUUCGCCCUGGACAUUGACAUCAAGAAGGUGGUAUACAUUCACUGUCAUCGACAUUAUUCUGAUGCUGAUAGUGGAACCGUAAUAUUGGUACGGGCGGACGGUGUUCAAUAUCCUCCCUUGACUUUUCCUGCCUUUUCACAAGUCAUCUCCUUCAUUCAAUGCCUAGAGACACAUUUGGCACCCAAAGGGUCUCUGAAGCCUCGCACAGAUGAGGUUGACUGGAACGAGAAUCUUGAUUCCUCAAAAACUGGUCCUUCGCCUAUAUCUCCUGGAGCAAACGGCGAGAUGCUCUCCUCACCGUCGUCUGUAACUCCGACCCAAUUCUGUUUCCUCAUCGACACAUUUGAGACUCCACCCGCCCCUAAACAAGAGAGUGCAUUCCGACUACUCGCAACGACGCUAAGGGACAGCAUGCAAGCCAAGACGCUAUCUAUGGAAAAUCUUGCUACUGACAGCAGGUCCAGCACACCCACAGAAAAUCUUUCUCACGUUCCCGUAAAUGCAAUGGAUGCGUUUUCCACCACCUAUCAAACAAUGCAACACCAGAUCCUCUCACGCGUCUUCCAUGGAUGGCUGGCCUAUACACGUUCGGUUAACCUCAUUCGAAAUCGCCUCAAAAAUAUGGUCUAUCCGCGCUAUCUGGUGCCCAAGCCUCCAUCCCUCAAUGCCAAACCUCUGACAGCAGAAGUGUGGCGGAAUGUACGCCACUCUGGUGGGAAGAAUAAACUCGUUCGGAAAUUGUAUGAGCGUAUUUACUUUGGCGGCUGUGAUCCAACCCUACGUCAGGAAGUAUGGCCGUUCCUCCUGAACCACUACCCGUGGUCCGCGACCUCGGUGGAAAUUGAGGAGAUAGACCGACGCACCCGCAUGGCCUACGAGCGUUCAGUGUCUGAGUGGCUCGCCGCCGAGGUUAUAAUCCUGCAGCAGGAGCAGCAGCAGCGUCAACGCGGCUCUGCGGCGGAGACGCUAGCUGGUCAAAACGCUGCUGCCAUCAGAUCGCGCAGCACCUCCAUCUGUCGAGAAUCACUCGUUUCAGACAAACAGACCGUUGAUACUGUACCCGCAUCUAGGCAACCAGGUGAAGUGAACGGAAACCUUGGUGGUUCACACAUUCCCGCAAACUCAACACGCAUCACCAGUAGACUGCCUCCUUUGCCUCCCAAGUGGACUCAUGAGUCCAGAGCUCUUAAAGCAAAUAGUGGAGUUGGUGGCACUGGCUGCAGCAGUCGUGGCAAUUCUGUCGACCUGACAGACGAUGCGACUGAGGAAUGCACGAUGACAACAACAGACGACGACGAUGGUGUGGAGAGCACGGCAGCGGCGAAUCGUGUGCGUCGCCUCGCAAUUGCGCGGGCUCAGUCCUGUCCUAACUCUCCCCAAUCGCUCGACUGUCUUACGGUGACAAAUCGCAAUACAAAUUUCUCCGCCAUUACACAGGAGAAUAACUCCGACAUCGAUGAAGUCUUUAGCCCGCUCACUUUACCUUUUAAGUGUGCCGACGACCAGGUCCAUCGAACCCCGACCCAGCCAUCAAGCGAGAGGAAACAAAUUCGGCAUUCGCGUUCUGAGACAUCGGGAGCUAGCUACUCGAGUGAAGUUCUCGAGGCUCUCUCAGUAAAUAUUCAGAGAAUCGACAAGGAUGUUGCCAGAUGUGAUCGUCACUACCAUUACUUCUCCAAAGGCCUGUCCAAUGGUGAUGGCACCCAGAAAGCGGUGUCAGAACAGUUGAUGGGGGGUCUGUGCGUGGCGAGCCUCGACCUCUCAGCCAACCUCUACCGUCUGCGCACCAUCAUGUGCACCUGGGUUUGGCAGCACAUGGAGACGGGGUACGUGCAGGGUAUGUGCGACCUCCUGGCGCCCCUGCUUGUGGUACUGGAAGACGAGGCGCUGACCUACGCUUGUUUCUCUCAGCUCAUGCUGAGAAUGCUUUCCAAAUUUCCUCUCGCCUCUGGCACCACAUUUACGAGCGCGGGGGCUGCGGCAGCUGCGGGGGUGGUUUUGCCUCACCUUCUCGAGCCCGUUAUCUUUGAGUACGCGCCCUAUCGCUGCUACGAGUUCACGCGGCCCAAAACUAAACAGCAGCUCCUGGAAGAGAAUAACCGCCACGCUACAGAUGGUCACAAGGCUCGGCCGAAUGUGUCUAUUCUUGCUCCCGCCGGAAGCACGCUCAUUAACCAACAGUUUGGAAGUCUUCGCAGUCUUAUUGAAGUCUUGGACCCUGUCCUCGCUGAACACAUGCACCUAAGUGAGGACAAUUCCCACCUUUAUUUCUACCGAUGGCUCCUUUUAGACUUCAAGCGAGAGUUUAAGUACUCUGACGUGUUCCUUGCCUGGGAAACGAUUUGGACCUCCUAUCGCCUAGUCUGCCCAGAUUUCGAAAUUUUCAUUGCAUUUGCCCUGAUUCAGUAUUACCGCGACAUAAUUAUCUUCUAUUGCUUCGACUACACAGACAUUAUACGGUUUUACAAUGCUGCCAGACGUGUACCGAAAUGGGAGGUCAUCGCCGAUAACUUACAUCCUGUCGUAAAGCGUUCGUCUUCAGAACUGCGGAUUAAAUGGCCUCGUUUUCAGCAUGGUAAUCCCAGUAGUUAUCGUCCAAUUUCAUUAAGCCAUAUGGUCAGGGGACGUCACUGUCCGGGCCAGCAUCGACCUAUAAUCAAGAAAACGAUAUACUUCCCAAACCUCAACUUCGACGCUCUUAACGAUCCCACUGAUGAGACUCUUGCUCACCCCUGUCACGAGUCCUCACCUGUCUCCUCAUCAUUCAGAUACCUCGCCUCCAGCGACGACUUCUUUGUGGUGCAGACGCCUUCUAAGUCUAUUAGCGAGUCCGACCAGAAGUCUUUCCACCUUUCUAGCCCGCCUUCUGGCUUUGGGAAUCUCGGUGGCGCGACCAAUGCGAAGUCGACCAAUUCAUUUAGGCCUCGAGUGUUGUUUGGAAAUAACGAUUUCGGAUCAGAAAAAUCUUCACCAACCCCUUUUCGCUCAACCAAUGCGUCUAUAUCCGCAGCUCUGUUGAAAGUCUUUCCAUUUCAGAUUGAGAGAUUCAACGUUCCGCCCAACAUCCGAUCACCCAAACAGCGAUUCUCAUAUGCUACCCCUUUAAAUCAACCGAAGUCUUCUACUAGUGAUUCGAUCGCUCUGUCAAUGGCCAAAAUGACAGUAUGGAAUCGAAUGGCUGCUGCAACAACGCCUAUUGCGCCAGUGAAAACUCAACAAUUUGCCACGAAUGUCUCCCGGCAAGGUUUGAGCCUCUCGCGCCGGACCAGCUCUGCUUCAAGCUUUAAGUUAGCAUAUCCUGUACAGAAGGAGCCAGAGUUCACUAUUAGACGAAUUUUGCAAGUAGCAUACGGGAUCGAUACGUUUGGACGACAGUCCAGUCGACAGAAGGCACCGGUAAAGGGGCCCAAUCCGUUUAGUGGCGAACCUGCCGUCGACAAGCUCAUGGUGGUCAAGGAGGAACUAAACAUGAUUCGCACUACUUCCACAAGGCCUACACACGAAACUCAUCGGGAGAAGCGGUCGCGCCCGUCCGCGGGCACCAAGGCUGGAACCGAAGGACCUGAAGCGAUUCCUACGCCACUAACCCUAAAACGCUACCUAAUCCCACGGGCAUGA